CCCUGCCUCGUGGGCCGGCACUGCCAUGGACGGCCAGCUCCUGCUUGCGCUGCUGUUGCUGCUGCUGGGGGCCUCAGGCCUGCGGGGACAGGGGCCGGGGGGGCCCGAGGAGGAGCCCCUCGAGGAGGAGAAGGUCCCUGAGGAGGAUGGGAUCUUGGUGCUGAACCAGCGCAACCUGGGCCUGGCCCUGCGGGCCCAUCGCACCCUGCUGGUGCAGUUCUAUGCCCCCUGGUGUGGGCACUGCAAGGCGCUGGCCCCCGAGUACAGCAAGGCAGCUGCCCUGCUGGCGGCCGAGUCAGCCGAAGCCAGGCUGGCCAAGGUGGAUGGGCCCGCGGAGGCGGAGCUGACCAAGGAGUUCGCUGUGACCGAGUACCCCACGCUCAAGUUCUUCCGUGACGGGAACCGCACACACCCAGAGGAGUACACCGGCCCCAAGGAGGCCGACGGCAUGGCCGAGUGGCUGAGGCGGCGGGUGGGGCCCAGCGCCAUGCGGCUGGCGGACGCGGAGGGAGCUCAGGCGCUGAUAGAUAGCCGGGACGUAGUGGUCAUCGGCUUCUUCCGGGACCGGCAGGACGAGGAUGUGGCCACCUUCCUGGCCCUGGCCCAGGAUGCUCUGGACAUGACCUUCGGGCUUACUGACCAGCCGAAGCUCUUUGAGAAGUUCGGUGUCGCCAAGGACACCAUCGUCCUUUUCAAGAAGUUUGACGAGGGGCGGGCAGAUUUCCCAGUGGACGAGGAGCUGGGCCUGGACCAGGGGGACCUGUCACGCUUCCUGCUCACGCACAGCAUGCACCUGGUCACAGAGUUCAACAGCCAGACGUCCCCGAAGAUCUUUGCGGCCAGGAUCCUCAACCACCUGCUGUUGUUCGUGAACCAGACGCUGGCUGAGCACCGGGAGCUGCUGGAGGGCUUUGGGGAGGCGGCUCCCCCGUUCCGAGGACAGGUGCUGUUCGUGGUCGUGGACGUGGGCGCCAGCAAUGCCCACGUGCUGCAGUACUUCGGCCUGAAGGCCGAGGAGGCCCCCGCCCUGCGCAUCAUCAACAUGGAGACCACCAAGAAGUACGCGCCUGUGGGCGGCGGCCCACUCACCGCGGCCGCGGUCGCUACCUUCUGCCACGCGGUGCUCAGCGGCCAGGUCAAGCCCUACCUCCUGAGCCAGGACGUGCCCCCCGACUGGGACAGGCGGCCGGUCAAGACCCUCGUGGGCAAGAAUUUCGAGCAGGUGGCUUUCGAUGAAACCAAGAACGUGUUUGUCAAGUUCUACGCCCCGUGGUGCACGCACUGCAAGGCGAUGGCCGCAGCCUGGGAGGCCCUGGCCGAGAAGUACAAGGACCACGAGGACAUUGUCAUCGCCGAGCUGGAUGCCACCGCCAACGAGCUGGAGGCCUUCCCCGUCCACGGCUUCCCGACCCUCAAGUACUUCCCGGCGGGCCCGGGGCGGAAGGUGAUCGAGUACAAAAGCACUAGGGACGUGGAGACCUUCUCCAAGUUUCUGGACAACGGGGGCGAGCUGCCAGCUGAGGAGCCCACAGAGGAGCCCACGGCCCCCUUCCCGGACACACCAGCCAAUGCCAGCGCGGAGCCCAAGGAGGAGCUGUAGCUGCCCCCGCAUCACCACCUGCUGCCCCCGCGUCCCGCUCUGCUGCCCCCACAUCCAUGCCCUGGAAGCUGGGCAGUGAAUAAAGAUUUGGUCCUGGA